CCCGCCACCACAAAAUCCCAAGCGACCAUGAUCAUCGCGAACAACAGCGAGCCCGACACUGAGCUCAAGGGCGCACCCGCACUGCCCCCUAAGGAUCGUUCGCGACCACCGCCAAUUUCCCAACUUGACCAAUUGCCACCGCCACCCCCGUAUUCGCCUGCUGCUGGUCCCAGUACAGCUGCGCCACCCCCGCCGCGAUCUGUGCCCGUGCCGCGCUCGCCCAGCAGCACCAUCUUCCGGCCACAAAAUGCGCAAACGGUGAACUACUUCGAGGUGUUCUCGAAGCAUAUUCCCAUUGAAGGAACGUAUCUCAUUGACCCCACACUUCCGUCGGUCGGACCGGUGCCGAGUACACUACGCAAACAGCGCAGGAAGCGCAAUCGGGCCUGGGGCAAGGACGGGCGCGGCACCUCCGACAUCAACGCCUCUUUCCGCACGCGCCACGGUGCUAUCAGCCUCGACCUCGCCGUCGUCGCAGAGUCCCCCGCCAUCCCACCGCCGGGCACGCCCAAAGUGCCCGCCACAGUCGUCGUGUCCACCCGGCACGGCCGCAUUAAUCUGAACUUAUUCGAAGCCCAGCCCGGGCGGAGCGUCGACCUCCAGGUCGAGUCGCGGCACGGCAAGAUCACGCUCCUCCUCCCGCCGACGUACGACGGCCCGCUGAUGUUCGAGACGCGCAACGCGGGCGCGGUCUCGUUCCUGCCCGCCUUCGCCGCGCGCACGCGCACGCUGCGCGCGGGCGACCGCGAGACGCUCGUCGUGUGCACCGCGCCCGAGGAGCCGGGCAGGCCGAAGCCUGCCCCGCCGAUGUCGCCGUCGCAGCCGGGCCCGGACGACGGGGACAGGGUGUUCGUGCGCACGCGCCAUGGGCGGAUUACGGUCGGGAUCAGCGGGCUCGACCGGGUGGAGGAGACGCAGAUCGCGGGGGGCCUGUUCAAGCGGUUGGGCGAGCUGUUGGAGGUUGGGGGGAGGGCGCUCGGGCAGUAUGUCGAGGCGCAUGCGGCGGUGCUGGAGCGGAAGUUGUCGGAGAAGAGCGUGCAGAUUGGGAAGGCGCUUGACGCGAAGUUCCCGGACAGCAAGUCUCCGGCGUCGCCGACAGGGCGUCCAUGAGGAGCGGAAGUCCUGGACCUUGGUCGUGCGAGGAGCUGUCUAGUAUAUGCUGUCUGUGUGCUCGAGUUGAUACCCAGGCUAUCCCGUGGUAUGUUGUACGAUAUGUUAUGUUCCGUGGUAUUCGUGCUACUGAAUCCCAGGGAAGGACUCGUACACCUCAGUGAUGUCUGUUACUCUAGUGUCAUUGUUUAACGAACAAUUUUGGAAACCCAGUC